AUGCCUGAUAAGACACUCACAGUAGCCGCCUACGCAGCUGGUGCUUCUCUCGCCGCGAUCACGCUGAUUUACGUUUUCGGUCCCACCUAUUUCCUCGAUAACGACCCGUCGGCUAACUCAACCAGCGUGUUCUCGACCAAGAAGAAUGGUGCAGUGGGCCUAGUCAACCCGGCAAACGAUUGCUUCAUCAACUCAGUUCUCCAGGCUCUCGCUGGCCUUGGGGACCUCCGUUUAUACCUUAUCCGGGAGACGCAUCGUCGAAGCCUGGACGGCGGAGGGCUGUAUACGCAGAUCAUCCCCAGCGAUGUCUGGUGUAGUGGUGGCGAUGGCGAUGAGACAAGCAAAUGGCGAGUCCGUGGGGAUGUACCCGAGUGGAAAGCCGAAGGACUCCAAAUGGGUAUAGUCACCAAGGGCUUGAAGGACAUUCUUGACGCCUUGAACGAGAGACCGAUUUACAAAAAGACGAUUUCGGCCGCGCCCUUCGUCAAGACGUUGGAGAUUGCGUUUGGUCAGCGGAUCAGCAGACAGCAACAGGACGCCCAAGAGUUUCUUCAGGUCGUGGCCGAGAGGCUUUGCGACGAGUACCACGCGGGGCAAAGAGCGCGAAGCUAUGCUAUGCGUGCAGCCAAGCAACCGUCUGCGAACGUAUCCUUCGUCAGCAAGACAUCAGACAGUGCAGCUCUGGAUGGGCCUUUACCUCCACUGGCCAGUGAGAAGGCCAAUUACGCAGAUCAACCGGCGACGCCGACCGCGAGCGCGGUCCCCGACGGCGGCAACGAAAACGGAGGAGAAGAAGGUUUUCCCUUCGAAGGGAGCUUUGAGUCCCAAAUUGAAUGCCUGACUUGUGGUUUCAGACCGAGGUCCACUAGAUCAACAUUCUGCACCUUGACACUAAACGUCCCCCAUGUUGCUACGACAACCUUGAACGCAUGCUUCGACGGCAUGUUCAAAACGGAGUACAUCGAGGAUUUCAAGUGUGAAAAGUGCCGGUUACUGCAUGCAAAGGCCGUUCUCGAAGCAGAUAUCCAGCGGUCAACGUCAGAGUCUUCAAGGGAGAAAGCCCGCGCUGCUCUAGCAAGCCUCGAGCUAGCUAUUGGGACUGAUCCUGAGAAGGCACCAGAGGGCGUCGAGUUGCCGGAUCCUCGCUAUGCUCCUAAGCGGAAAAUAGCUCGGCACAUCCGUAUGACAGGAUUUCCCAGGAUCCUGGCCAUCCAUCUCUCGCGGUCGAUCUACGACAUGAGCAACUUCUCUCAAAAAAAUCUUGCGAAGGUUGCGUUUCCGGAGCAACUACCUCUUGGUGGCCUUCUUCAGCAGAGAAAAUACAAGCUUCUCGGCGUUGUGACGCACAAGGGCAAUCACCAUAGCGGCCAUUAUGAGUCGUUUAGACGACAGAAUGUAUAUCCACCCUUCUCAAAUCCCGGUACCUUUCAGCCUUCCGGAGCAUACAUGAACACCGGUUCCCCUUCAAAUACCAACCAGGCACAAGCCACUCAGCCCGCAUCCGGACAGGCUCCUACACCAGGAGUAGACGGCGGUGUCAUGCCUAUCAACGAGUCCGGAUCAGCAUUGGCGUCUCGGGAAAGGGAUAUCGACACCAAUAGCCUACGAUCUGCGGCCGCAUCAGCGCGCUCAACCUUGAGCAGAAUUGCCUCAAAGCCGUCCUCUCGCGCUGGCAGCCCAGACACAGCCGGAUCGAAACCCAACAACAAGAUACCCAGCACAAGUGCGAAAUCUAAACGACAGAAGUCAAGCAACCGAUGGUGGCGUAUCAGUGACGACAAGGUCAAAGAAGCAAGUACCCGCGACGUACUGGGCAUGCAGCGAGAGGUCUAUUUGCUGUUUUAUGAACUUGAACGCGAGAAUUCAUGA